AGUCAGCCGCUCCAGGUGCCUAAGUCUGGGCUGCGGAGGCCGGGGCGGUGGCGUGCAGGGUGAGGUCUCCUGGGCCGGCGCACCUGCAAGCCCCCUGCUGCUCCCUCGUGCUAGGCCAGCUCCAGGAGGGCAACAGAUGACAGGACAUUGCAAAAGGGUCACUUAAAUUUUCCUUCGAGUAAACAGAACACCUGCCAAGACCCUCGAGCCUGGACAUGCCCCAAGCCAGGUGGUUGGGGUCUAGGAGUCGGCUGCAGCUGGCGAUGCUCUGAGGGGACGUCAGGGCCUCAGGAUGGCCCCUAUGAAGAUGAAGUGCAUCUGUGAACUGUGCUCCUGUGGGCGGCAUCACUGUCCACAUCUCCCUACCAAGAUUUAUGAUAAAACAGAGAAACCAUGUCUUCUCUCCGAAUAUACCCAGAACUACCCUUUCUAUCACUCUUACCUGCCCAGAGAGUCCUUCAAGCCAAGGCGGGAGUACCAGAAAGGGUCUAUACCAGUGGAAGGCCUGACUACAUCAAGCUGAUUAUUUGCCUUGGAACCAACGAAGGCGAGAGCCACUUCGUCUGGAACACAAAUACCAGCCGGCAUCAGUCAGGUUUGAUAACAGAACCACACACCAGGACGAUUACCCCAUAAAAGGCCUUGUGAAGACCAUAAGCUGUAAACCUCUGGCCAUGCCAAAGCUCUGUAACAUCCCCUUGGAGGAUGUGACUAACUACAAGAUGAGCUAUGUGGCUCACCCCGUGGAGAAGCGCUUUGUGCAUGAAGCAGAGAAGUUCAGGCCCUGUGAAAUCCCCUUUGAAAGCCUUACCACUCAAAAACAAUCCUACCAGGGCCUGAUGGGGGAGCCUGCCAAGAGCUUGAAACCUCUAGCCAGGCCUCCUGGGCUAGACAUGCCUUUCUCUAACACCACUGAGUUUCGAGAUAAGUACCAAGCUUGGCCAACGCCCCGGAUGUUCUCCAAAGCUCCCAUCACCUACGUCCCUCCUGAAGACAGGAUGGAUCUUCUGACAACAGUGCAGGCCCAUUAUACAUGCCCUAAGGGUGCCCCAGCUCAGUCCUGCCGACCUGCACUUCAGAUUAAGAAGUGCGGUCGCUUUGAAGGCUCUUCCACCACCAAGGAUGACUACAAGCAGUGGUCCAGCGUGCGCAUGGAGCCAGUCAAGCCCGUUCCCCAGCUGGACUUGCCCACUGAGGCCCUGGACUGCCUGACCACCACUCGGGCCCACUAUGUGCCCCACCCACCUGUCAAUACCAAAAGCUGUAAGCCUCAUUGGUCUGGCCCUCGAGGAAAUGUCCCUGUGGAAGGCCAGACCACCUACGCCAUCAGCUUUACUCCCAAGGAAAUGGGCAGGUGCCUAGCUUCAUAUCCUGAGCCUCCUGGCUACACCUUUGAGGAAGUGGAUGCUUUGGGUCACAGGAUAUACAAACCAGUUUCCCAGGCAGGCUCUCAGCAGAGCAGCCAUCUUUCUGUAGAUGAUUCAGACAACCCCAACCAGAGGGAGUUGGAAGUGUCAGCCUGAUUUUGAAAAAUUGUAAUUUAGAAAUUACACAGUACUUUUAAAAGCAGACAACUGAGAAUUAUUUGUUGGACAAAAAAGAAUUCCCUAAAAUGACAAAAAAAUAAAAAAAUAAAAAAAAAUAAAAAAACCUUCACCACUUCCAGAGCACUUGAAUAAAAUGAGAAUCACUUGACUCAGGGAAAAUGACAUUUAAUCACUGGCUAAUUAACUCCCCUUAACUUCUCCUUUACUGCAUCCCCACCCCUUUUCAGGUCCUUUACUUUGUGCUUAUGGAAUCAAAGUUGGUCUCUGAGGUUUUCUCUGAUCCAGAUGUAUUUUAUUAAUUUAAUCAUUGUAUGAACUGACAUAAUGAUUAACCCUUGCCAAGUAUGAAGCGCCGAAGAAUAUAUUUUGGGGGGAAUGAAUCUGUA